CUUGCCCUCAUCUUUGACAGCGCAUUCAUCGACUGCGCAGGAAUGAGCGAAAUUCUGGCCCCGGGUGGGCCUCUGCCUGCAAUCCCGGAUGACUUGACGCUCGUGCAGUUCAUGCUCGACUAUCGGCAUCCUGCGCGGCCCUCUGUUGCUCCGCCGAAUGCCUGGUUGAUUGAGGAUGCGACGGGAAAGAGAGUCACUGUGGACGAGGUACGCGAUCGCGUACAGGCACUGGCCAACGCCUUUAAGCUCCGAUGGGACAUUGAGGAUAAUGACGUGAUCUGCAUAUUCAGCCCGAAUCACAUUGACUAUCCAAUAGCCAUAUGGGCGGCGCAUCGAUUAGGAGCCACACUAACCACGUCAAACCCCACUUUCACCGUGGAAGAGCUGAAGUACCAACUCACCAUGACCAAGGCUAAAGCGAUCAUUGUGCACCCCUCAAACCUGCUUGUUGCCCUGGAGGCUGCCCGUGCGGUAGGCAUACCCGCUGAGCGCAUCGUCCUCUUCGAUGUAUCCGGCAUCGCGAUCGGCUCGCAGUGGACGAUCAACGAGUUCAUCGGUGAAGGGGUGACUAAGCCGCUGAGCUUCGUGGAAUGUCGGUUGAAGCCAGGCGAAGCGAGGACGAAGUUGGCAUUCUUGAGCUUGUCGAGUGGGACGACGGGGAAGCCCAAGGCCGUCUGCAUACCUCACAUUUCUCCAAUAGCAAAUGUGAUCAUGAUGGCGCAUUCCGCCAAUCUGCAGACGGCGCCUCUGGAGAGAAGGUCAUAUAGGCCUGGAGACGUUGGGAUGGCUUUAUUGCCUUUCUACCAUAUAUACGGUCUGGUGGUUGUGAUGCACUUUGCAAUCUUCUACGGGAUGUCGCUGGUCGUGAUACCCAUAUUCAAUCUCGUCGACAUGCUGAAGAGUAUAGAGCGCCAUAGGAUCAACUACAUCCCGGUAGUACCGCCAAUCGUAGUCCUUCUAUGCAAGCAUCCGGACGUCUUGAAGUACGAUUUGAGCUCCCUCCGUGCCAUGAAGAGUGGCGCUGCCCCGCUCUCCGCGGAGGUCGUCAAGCAACUCAGCGAACGCCUGCCUAAGAUGAGCAUCGGUCAGUCUUAUGGGAUGACCGAGUCUUGCACUACGAUCACCUUCCCGCAGCUUGAUAUGCACAUCGGUACCCCCGGAAGCGCUGGCAGGCUCCUUCCUGGCGUGCGCGCAAAGGUGAUUGAUCCUGAUGGCAAGCUCCUGGGCUACGGUCAGACGGGACAGUUGGUGGUUUGGAGUCCGGCAAAUGCUCUAAGAUACUUAAACAACGACCAGGCCACAAAGGAGACGUUUGUAGACGGCUGGAUUUACACGGGCGACGAAGUCAUUAUCAACGAGCAGAAGGAUAUGUUCGUCGUCGACCGGAUCAAGGAACUGUUGAAAGUCCGAGGUUUCCAAGUCGCACCCGCAGAGCUCGAAGGUCAUCUGCUCGGCCAUCCCGAUGUCACCGAUGUCUGCGUCAUCGGUCUCCCAGACGAGUACAGCGGAGAAGUGCCCCUGGCCUUUAUUGUUCCCACAACUGCUGCCGUUGCACGCAUGAAGAAGGAUGCCAAGGAAGAAGCACGGAUCAAGUUGUCUAUCAUGAAGCACGUCGCCGACGCGAAAGUAAGCUACAAGCAGCUCGCUGGCGGUGUCGAGUUCAUCGAUGCCAUACCGAAGAAUCCGAGCGGGAAGCUGCUCCGUCGGUUCUUGCGUGAGCGAGCGAAGGAGAUGCAGGCGGCUGGCAAGCUUUCACGACCUAUCAGCUCGAAGGCCAGGUUGUAGACUUGCUGCGUGAGGCUAGGAUGGUUUAGAAAUGCUACUUACGAGAAGUAGAUAUGAUACUGUAAUGUUGCUACUCAGCCGAGUCAGUCUGCUUAGCUACAUGAGCUUGUACCAUGCCGCCCGACUUGGACACGAAUCCUAUUUUGAUUUCCGACGUUCCCUG